AUGGUAAUCGAAGAAACUGAGGUUCUUCUUCAAGGGGUCUCUCACACUAAAUAUAAGAAUGGGAUGUGGUAUCUUGACACAUGCGCCACUUCUCACAUGAUAGGGGAAAAGAAUCUUAACUUUGAUCUUGAUCAAACCUACAAGGGUAGAGUGAAAUUCGGAGAUGACUCGAGAAUACCCAUUGAAGGCCAAGGUAAAAUCCUAUUGAACACUAAAAGUGGGAGCAAGGUUACCCUGACCAAUGUGCUCUACACACCAAGCCUAAAGACAAAUAUCCUGAGCCUUACGAGGCUCGAUGAACAUGUAAAAUUGCUCUCCACAAUGGCAUACUAACAGUCCAUAACAAAAAUGGGUUGCUCCUAAUAAGGGUGAAGAGAAGUGAAGCUCGAUUAUAUCUUCUUCAUCUUGAUGUAGUUGAGGGAUGCUACCAUGUCAAGGAGGACACCUCAUGGUUGUGGCACAAGAGGUAUGGUCAUCUUAACUUCUCUUAUUUAAACUUGCUCUAUUCACUAAACAUGGUCAAAGGAUUACCAAAAAUAGACAAGAAUUAUGAAUUAUGCUAAGACUAUAUAAAUUCCAAGCAAGCUAGAACAUCUUUUCCUUCAACAUCCACAUUUAGAGCCUCUAGACCAUUGGAGCUCCUUCAUUGGGAUAUUCGUGGACCGAUCAAAUCUCAGACCUUGGGUGCGAAUAAAUAUUUUUUACUCAUAGUAGAUGACUACACUUGCAUGAUGUGGGUCUCAAUGCUUAAGAAGAAGUCCAAUGCCUUUGAUGCCUUCAAGAAAUUUAAAUCACUCCCAAAAGUUGAAAGAAAUCUCAAAAUUACUUGUCUAAGAACAAAUCAAGGAGGAGAAUUCAACUCUAAAGAAUUCUCCACCCUUUAUUUUCUAUGAUGAAAGCAGCAUCAGAAGACCACUCACCAAAUCUUAUUUUCCUCAGCAAAAUGGAGUUGUUGAAAGAAGGAAUCAUUCAAUCAUGGACAUGGUGAGAUUCAUGUUGAAAUCUAAGAAUUUACCAAAAGAAUUGUAAGGUGAAGUAGUCAACACUGUUGUGUACCUCUUAAAUCAAGCACCCACUAAGAGCCUUCAUAGGAAGACUCCAUACAAAGUGUGGAUGGGAAAAAAACCUCAAGUUGACUUUCUCAAAAUUUUUGGAUGUGUCACUCGUGUGAAGAAACUUUGGAGCUUCUUAAAGAAAUUGGAUGAUCAGAGUACUCCUAUGAUAUUCAUAGGAUAUGAAAAGGACACUAAAGGCUGUCGAGCCUAUGAUCUAGUCACAUGCUCCAUUCACAUCAUCAAAGAUGUUGUCUUUGAAGAAAACUAAAGCUUGGAUUGGGUAAUGUCCACUGAAGUGUCAAAGAAUGACUUCACUUAUCCCCUCAUCACCUCUAGUUUCAGCAUUGACCAAGUCAACUCUAGACAAGGAUAGUCAAAUAUUGAGAAUGAUGAUCCUUUUGGGAGUCAUAGCUCCUCCUCUCACAUAGAGAUAACUCAGAGUUCAAAAGCCUCUCUCAAUUGUACUCAGAAACCUGA